CGUUAAACUAACCUGUAAAAUUCUACUCGUUGAAUACUACCAGGAGGUAUAAAAAAAAAGUCAAUAAUUUUUGGUCCGGAAAAGUAAAGUUUAACCAUUGAAUUUAUUGAAGGAACAAGUGCCUCCGAUAUCUGAUCGUUUAAUUUGUCAUCUGUACAUCUGUACAUACAUAUACAUAUAUUUGUAAGAAGAAAAUAAAAAUGAAACGCAGCAGGUCUUUGUCUCCUAAACCCUCGAGCAGUGAGGAUGAUAUGAAACGUAAAAGGCUGGAGGAUGAUGCUAAAACGGAUGAAGCAAUAUUGUAUCCACGUAUAUUAGAUUUCUCGGAUGAUGUUCUUUUGAAUAUAUUUCAAUACUUAAAUCCUCAAGAUCUCAUGGCAAUAAGCUUGUGUUGUCAACGAUUAGGACAAGUCGUGCAAGAUAAAACAUUAUGGAGAAGAGUGGAUUUUCGCGCAUCGCCUAUACAAUUGAAUGACUUUUUGAAAGAGUAUGUAAAAUUUCUUCAACCGAUGACAACGAGCCUCGCGAUUCGUGGCAGUUUGUGUUCCGAGGAAGAAGGAGCCCUUAGUCCUUGUUUUUUUAAAUCUAUCGAAACUAUAUGCACUCAGCUGAAAGAAUUAAUUAUCGAAGAAUAUUACAUUGACGGUGAUAAGAUUCAAAUCACAGACAUUCCGCGCACCAUUGAAAAACUAUCGUUAAAAGGCUGCAAGAUGGGUUACUUGCGUAGCAAUAAGUCGUAUUUCUUUAAAAUGAAUUUCCAUAUGCCUAAUCUAACAUGCUUGAUUUUAAGCAAUUGCCAAUGGUUUACUCCACAUUCGCUCCUGGUUAUCAGUAAAAUGCCAAAAUUAAAAGAAUUGAGAUUAAAUUCGUGUCACCGUUUGGGCGAAUGCGUUGCUUAUACCAGUUUAGCAACACGUUUCGGAUUCGAAACAUUGGAGAUUUUGGACCUACGAGACACAGCACUUGGCGAUAGCGAAGUUAGUUGCUUCAGUUGCACUAAAACCUUGACUCAUCUGUAUCUAGAAUGCCCUUCUAGUUUACGAAACACAGAGACAGCGGAACAGGAAUCACGACCGUUGGAUAGAGAUGCAUUGUCGAAUCCACCUGUGUACGAAGAUGCACAUGUUGCACAGUUCUGGGUUGAAGAUGGAUUUAGGUGGGAGAACUACUCGUUUGGGAGUUGUUUAAUAACAGACAGAGCUAUUUGGGCUCUUGCAAUCGACGCGUGUGGUCGUAGGAUAAUUAACGAUCCGGCGGAAGGAUUAAUAGUUGCGGAAGAGGACAGAGUAUUUAACAAUCCACAUUUAAAAACAUUAGUUGUUAGGAAUUAUCCACAAAUUACAAACACAAGCCUCACACAUUUGGCUUUAUAUGCAUCCGGUCUCGAGUAUUUGGAUGUAACAGGUACCUCUGUCACGAAGCGCGGUGUCGAAGGUUUCAAAUCUCAGAAAGGAAACGUUAAAGUAGUGUCCUCAUUCGACGAGACAUAGUUACAAUGAACUGCCAUGAAUCGUGAAUUUAGGAUGGUUUAAGUGUACGUUUACCGUGUGUGUGAACAUUGACGAAUAAUGUUUAAGGAACGGAAAGUCAUUCUGAAGGCUUCGAUAACACGGUACAGCUGCAGUUGAAUAAAUUUAUUUUUUUCGCGAACGACAAACAAACAGGAGGAUUAGAAGUAAAUAGUUUUUUACUUUCACGAGGCAGUGAAUGUAAAGAAGAGGCGCGACUUGUUAGGAGAAUAUUUGAAAUUAAUACUUCUUAACUUUACAACUUUUGUG